CUCAAACGUUGUAGCGAGCGUUGGUUAAAGACUAUCUAAGGAAAUUCAAUUUAUUCUUGUCUGCGCCGUCAAACACCGGUUGCUCCAGGUUACCGUGCGCUCUCCUGUUUACGUUUGUGUACCUCCAGUGAGCAGACGAAAACAUGCCCCGUGCGAAAGCGGAUGAUAUAUUGAAGGGUUUUAAAUUAAACUGGAUGAACCUUCGAGAUGCAGAAAAUGGAAAAAUUUUAUGGCAGAGCAAUGACGAUUUAUCAGUGCCAGGUUCUGAACACGAGGCGAGGGUACCAAAAAAGAUUCUUAAAUGUAAAAGUGUUUCUAGAGAAAUAAAUUUUUCAUCACAAGAGCAGAUGGAUAAAUUUCGGUUAGAACAGAAAGUUUUGUUUAAAGGCAGAUGCUUAGAAGAAUGGUAUUUUGAUUUUGGUUUUGUAAUUCCUAGUUCUACGAAUACAUGGCAGUCCAUUAUAGAAGCAGCCCCUGAAUCACAAAUGAUGCCAGCUAAUGUUUUAAAUGGUAAUGUUACCAUAGAAACCAAAUUUUUUGAUGAAGAGUUAUUGGUCAGUACAUCUACAGUGCGACUUUUCUAUGUGUAAUAGCGAAGAAUGGUGCAAUAGACGUUGAGUAUCUAUCCAUCUCAGAUUCCAUCACAACUGAACUAUGACCUCAGAUAGGCGAAACCACCAGUGACAGAUAUAUCUCUAGUUUUAUUUUGUGAUGACAUCUUUUUUCAGUGGAUUGAUUGAUUUUUUUGUAAAGUUUAGUGACCGGAAAUGGUAUAAUUUCAUGACACAAGUGUUUUGCUCUCACUUACUGAUGUAUUUUUAAAGCUCAUGACUAGUGUAUUGGUAGGGUCAACAAAACCAUUUUUAAAAUCCUGAAUUUUACCUAUUCUCAUGAAGAUUGUAACAAAACGCUUGUAUAACUACACUAUGAAUGUACCUUGGUUGCUGAAAAGUUUGAUAAAUUAGACUUUGACAUUAUAAGUCCCCCUGAUAAGAGUAAAUUAAAUUCUUUUCUCAAUAAUAUAUCUAAAAACAAAUGGAUGAUAAAAAUAAUUACUGUAAAUUAUUUGAAAAUAUUUAUAAGUAGCCUUUAUGUAGUUUUUUCAGUGAGCCUUUAUAUUAGUCUAUGCUAAAAGUUCAUCUAUGUAAACAGUUUUCCAUGGUGACCCCAGAAUAAUAAGCGUCUUCCUGAAUUUGUUUGACCAGGACAAACGUCUCGAAAGGAUUAUGUCUGAUGUCAAGUAAGGCCAUUGCAACAGGUUGACGCAUCUUUGUGACACCAGGAAAGAUUUCUGUUUACAUCAUUGUUUUUUAUUAAUGCCCAUGGCUAAAAAACAAAUACAUUGAAAACUUUUUGAACGGCUAAAUUGCUGUCAUCCUUCACAAAAUAUAUCCAUAUAAAUUUUUUAUAAUAUUCAAAAAUUAUGUACUGUAAAAUACUUUAUUUUAGAUGGAUUUAAGAUAUUUUGGCUGAUUUGUAUGGAGUUUAUUUUCACUGAGUUGAAUGUAAAAUAUAUGAAAAUAGGUCUAUUCACUUGAUUUUAUUUUCACUGAAUCGCUUCUUCAGAGAAAUAGAGAAAAUAAUGUACUAAGUAGCUAAUCUGGUCCAAAAUUAACAAAGAAAUUAGAGAAACCUAAAUUUAAGCAGGGGAGGCAUUGAAAGAGUUAACUUUAUAAAAAGCUUGUCAUUGCAGUAAGAAUAUGCUGUGGCUAUUUCACUGUCACUUACUGUUGGUCGUCACUGGGAUGCACAUAAUUUAGCUGUUUGUAUUCAGUUUCUCUUAUACAUGAUGCAUUUUAGAAAGAGACAUAGCAGAGUGAGGCUUCACAGUCAAUACAGAACUCCAUAAUGUAUGACACAUGUAGAAAUUCAUUUUUGUAUUUGUGAAUUUAAAAUUGUUUACCUGUUAAAAAUUAUUUGUAAGUCUUCAUAACAUAAUGUAUGUAGUAAAAUGAGCCACAAAGUGAAAUCAGUACAUGUACGGAUUCUGCCCAUUCGAAAAAUCACAAAAUCCGGUAGUUAUGGCAGUCAUAAUUUAUGCACGUCAGAAACUGUCCAUCUUUAAUGAGGUUUCAAAUCGCGUUUCGGAACAAGCUCAAUAUAACUAACCUUGGAAGUAUAAAAUGUGAUAUGUGUGAAGUUCACCUGGAUGCUGAUGAAACAGAUGUUAUGAGUUCUCGUUGGAAGGAAGUGGCCUAAAAGCAUUGCACAGAAAAACUAAUCCUAAGGGACAAUCCUUCUCAUCAAAUUUUGACUACUUGAGAAAGUUGCACUUGAAACAUCAGUUGUAAAAUGUUGUAUGCGACAUUUGGUAUAUGGCACAUACUACUUCAUGCAUCAGAGGCUACAAAUAAAAUACAGAAAAGUAUGUCUGGCAAUACUUUAGGCCAAAAUUUUACAUCUUUUGAAAUGUGGUACAUGUAUCCAUCAUGAGAGUGUAACUACUAUUGAAUAUAAAUACAUGUAUUAUUGAAAACUUGCUGACUUAACCUUAUACCAGCUUUAAUAUCAAUUAAAUAUGUACAAUUUUUUUCCACUCACUGGGCAAUAAAUCUGGAUAUGCUGAAUUUCAUUUGCUGCAGAAAAGUAUGUAAAAACAAAGAUUAAAUGAGAAUGUUAACAAAUCUUCACAAUAAUUCAGACCUAGAGCAUGCAGAUGUUAUCAGACAAUAUUUUUAAUUUAGUCUGAAGCUAAUUUGCUACAUUACAAAGUCUAUCUAUAACAUGUUUUAUUUGCACAUUAUUGAUGUCUGCAGGUAAAAAAAAAUAAACAAAAAUUAGCCAACAAUUGUCCCUGAAAGCAUUUACCCCGGUAGUUUACUAAUCUGUUUCUCACUUGCGUUACCAAAUUUUCAUGUUUCAUUUCAUGUGUUUGAACAAAAGAUGCCUUGUUGUACUAUACAACCAUUUCAAAAUCUUUUGUGGUAAGAAAUUCACAUUUUGGAAACUUGCAUGCUAACUUUGUCUCACCCAUUUAUUAAAUCCAAAUUUUACCACAGCAUAUCAGAACACAAUCUCAUUAAAUUUUAUUUUUACAAUAAUGUAUUUUUGACUACCGGUAAUAUCACUAUUUUUCUUGUUCAUUAUGUUGAAAUCAACAGUGGAAUGUUAGUUGACUUUCUGUAGUUAUUUCAAAAUAAAAUGUUGAGUGUUUUAAUUUGUUUUUGCCACUAGAACUUCUCAUGACUUAACUAAUGACUGAACAACAGAAGGGUGUAUAAAAGUGAAAUGUUCAAAGCUUUGUAAAUGUACAGAUUUUCUCUAGCUGCCUUGAAAAUAAUCACCAAAAUUAAAGCUGUUUACGUACAAGUGAACAUGUUUGAGAUUGAAACUGAAAUUAUUAGCCAAGCUUUCAGAGAUCAUUUAAAAAAUAAAAUCUUAUCGCAACCAUUCCACUACAGUUAUUAGAGUAGCUGAUAACUUUUGCGAUUAAUCUUUUUACCGAAAGCUUUAUUUAAAACAUCCCAGUGGUGGAUGCCAGUAGUGUCUUUUUAGUGUAUGUGUAAAAAGUGUAAUAUAGUAUUUCUAUGAAAAUUUGAAAAAAAAAUAGAGGGGUGAUGUGGUUGCACGUGGGAAAGCAAUUUAGAGUGAUUAUUUAAUAACUUUUCUAUUGGUUUAGUAAUAGUGUAAACGUGCUUGUUAAGAUUGUAAAUUUUGAAUCAAUGUUUUAUCCUAAGAUUUAUCUGUAUUCUGCGCUCAUUUCCUGUGUAACUGCUAGAUUAAUGAAAAUAAACAUUCUUGCUUUGAGAGAAAAACCUA